CGGUGAAUUGUGGGCAAUCAUUGGUCCUCCGAGCUUUUCGAGUCUGCUGCUCCACCAUUGGAAAAGAUGGCUGCCUCGGCUCCAUCGGCGGGAUUCUCCGAUUUGUGCCCAAGCUACGCCGUGAUAUGCUCUUUUCUAGAGCGUUAUGGAGCUUUGCUGGAUCUACCGGAGCUCACAUUUCCGCAGUUGGAGAGAUAUCUCCAAGACACAUCUUCAGUUCCAAAGCUCUUGGUGGACCUUCAUGUGAAGUUGCUGAGGAAGAUUGGCAAGUCUGUGUCCGCAGACAGAUGGGAGAAGUACAUUGUGAAGGUGUGCCAUGAGUUCAACAGUACCUGGGCAUGGGAACUUGAAAAUAAAGGAUACAAAGACAUGUCUGUGGAGUGUAAGACUGGAAUCCUCAAACACUUAUGUGAGUGCCAGUUUGAUGACAAUGUCAAGUUCAAGACUGCAAUUAAUGAGGAGGAUCCUGAUAAGAUGCGGCUCCAUCCCAUUGGCAAGGACAAGGAUGGCCUAAUGUACUGGUUCCAACUUGACCAGGAUAACAAUGUGAGGGUCUAUGUGGAGGAGCAGGACGACCUGGACGGGUCCUCCUGGAAGUGCAUUGUCAGAGACAGAAACAGCUUGGCUGAGAUCCUGGCACAGCUGAAGACUCAAAUCGACCCAGCACUGUUGACAAAGAAAGAAGGAGAGGAGGAAGAUGAGAACAAGAAAACUGGCGGAGAAGGGGAAAUUAAAAAGACAGAGGAUACCUCCGGGGAUGAAGAGGACAAACUCUCCAAGGAUACAGCUUCUUUAGUGUCCCCAAAAACAGAGAAUACAGAAAGAAAAUCCCCAAAAGAGGAAUCAAAGCUGGACGAUUCAGAUGCCAAAUCCCCAUCGAAUGGCCUCAAAGACAACCAAGUCGAGUCAGAGUCAACAAGACGAUCCGAGAAGCCAAUGGUGGAUGACAAGGCCACCAUUAACACCCAGGCCAUCAAAGAAGAGCUGAUGGAGGUGUCAGAAUCCAAGGAGAGCACAGCCACAAGUGCUACAGAGCCUCUUGCGGAGAAACAUUGUGUGACGCCACAGACAGAACAGACUGAGGAAGCCAAGAGGAAGAAUGCAGAGGAACUCCAAAGGGUGAUGAAGAAUGACCAGCAGGCCAAAAUCCCCUUGAAAAAGAGAGAGAUGAAACUUAGUGAAGAUUUUGAUAAUAGUAGUGGCGGUGGCAGUAGAAUCAUUGUGCGUAACCCAUCUGUUGCUCCUGUCAAAGAAGCUCCUAAAGUUGAGGAGACAAGUAAAGAGGUCUCUGUUGCCCUGGUGGGGACGAUGGAGACUAAAAGUGAUCAAGUGAAUGGUGAUGCUCAGCCUGUCACAGAAAAAAGUGUCAAUAAGGGAAUGAGAGAAUCUCCUAAAGAGAUGGGAAUACAGAGAGAAUCUGCUGAUAGCAAAGAACAGCAAACAAAAGCUGUUGCUAGGGAAGAAUGUGAAGCAGCAGAAGCUAUUGAAAAAGAGAAGACAAAUCUGUCCCUGGACAUGGACAAAAAGGAAGGGGAGAUGGCAAGCAAUGCUGAGGAGCCCAUGGCCGAUGAAACGAACCUACAGAAAACUGUUCCAGCCCCAAAGGCAGAGAAGGAAAGCACUGAAGCACUGAAAAAAUCAUCCCUAAAAGAGGCUAAAUCUUCAUCCCCUCUGACAAAGCCAUUGACUUCAUCUAAGGAUGCAACAAGCACACUGGAAAAGUCCUCUGAUCUUAAAGAGGAACAAAAAGUCAAGGUAUCCAAGUGGGAUGUGAAAGUGCGUCGUACAGAACACAAGACAUCCACAUCAAUAGAAACAGAUAACAACCCUUUAUCUAGUAAGUCACAGAAACCAGAUGAAACUAAAGGAACAGAUUCAUCCAUUGCAUUUCAAGAGGUAAAUUUGGCUGCCUUUAAGGAAACAGUUGUCCCUAAAGACAGUUGUCCCCUUUCUGUAGUGAAAGAGAUGGAAAAAACAUCCAUCAUAAAAGCCACAGAAAAGUUGUUGAACCCUAAAAACCCAGAAACAUCAGUCAUCACUAAACAAACCGAGAGACCUGAUCCCAUUACAGAUAAACUAGAAAGCUCAAAACGCCCUGAGUCGCCAGCAGUCAUAAAAAAUACAGAGAAUCCAUCUAACAAAGAGAGCGCAGAGAAAUGUGAUGGUUCUAACGAUAUCAAAACAUCUUCUGUCAUUAAAAAGACAGAGAUUUCAGAAAAGAGUAAAGAUGCCAAGAACCUGGCCAGCUCUAAAGAGACCAAUACGUCCUCAUUACUUAAAAAGGCAGACAAACCAGUUCCCAAUAAAGAAGCAGAGAAACUGGAGAGCACUAAAGAGACUAAUAAAUCGUUGGUCAUUAAAAUGACAGUGAAACCAGAGGCAUCUAAACAUACAGAGAAAUGUGAUACCCCUAAACACAUUAUGUCAGCUCUCACCAAGGAGAAACCUGCUGUCAGUGCUGUAAGCACAAAUACAAAUGUUGCCCCUGAGGUGAAGAAAAAAAACGUCCUGGAGAAAACAGCCAUCUGUAAAGAUGAGACGAGAGCUGUUGCAGCAGUGACUGAGAGACAAUCUGGCCCUAAAGACGUGGAGAUGGCAGACAUCUUUGAGAAAUCAAACCAAUCCCAACUGGAAGGACCCAAAAAGGUAGAGAAAUUGGGUAUCCCUAAAGACACGUUGAAAUCGACAAUGCCUAAAUAUGCAGAGAAAUCUGCUAAACUGGCUACGCCUAAAGACGCGGAGAAAUUGGCUACGCCUAAAGGCGCGGAGAAAUUGGCUGCGCCUAAAGACGCGGAGAAAUUGGCUGCGCCUAAAGACGCGGAGAAAUUGGCUGCGCCUAAAGACGCAGAGAAAUUGGCUGCGCCUAAAGACGCGGAGAAAUUGGCUGCGCCUAAAGACGCGGAGAAAUUGGCUGCGCCUAAAGACGCGGAGAAAUUGGCUACGCCUAAAGACGCGGAGAAAUUGCCUAAAUCGGCUAUGUCUGAAAAUGCUGGGAAAUCUGCUACCCCUACAGACGCUGAGAAUUCAGCUAAAUCAGCUACACCUAUCCCUGAAGACACGGAGAUAUUGGCUACUCCUGAAGAAGCGGAGAAAUCGGUUAACACUAAAGACACUGAGAAAUCGGCUACCCUUAAAAACACAGAGACUGCUUCUAAAAAGAUUGAAGAUUUCACAAUCUGUGAAGGACAGAAACCAGAUGCCUCUAAAGAAACUGAGAAACUGGCAGACAUAAUGCCAGCUGCAGCAAAAGGAGAGAAACAUGUCACCUUUGAGGAUUCUAAGCAAUUACCUUCUCUCAAAGAGUCUGUCCCAGUGGGGAGGAAACAGGAAGAGCCUAUGGAAAUAAGUUCGGAAAAGUCAACAGAUGACAAUGUAAUUAUUAGGGGACAUGCCGAUAAAGGCUGGACAAAGAACUCUGUUAAAAGUGGAGAGAAUUCUGAGAGCGAGCCUAUCAAAGACUCAAACCGCAUGGACUGUAAUGCACCAUCAGAAAAACAGGCUACCAGCAAGAAGGCAUCAUCUCUCACUGAUGCUGAAGGUGAGACAGACAAAAGCCAGGUCAAAGUAAUCAAGGAAGAUGCCACAACACAGGGAUGCCCUAAAGAGGAUGAGAAGGAAGAUGAUCAGGCUAAGAAAAACGACCAAAAGGAGGAUGAUGGUGCUGAGAAAGAUAACUCAACUGCAGCAGAGAAACUGGGUGAGGCAAAAGCAAGUAAAGGUUCUGAGAAUAAAGAGGAUGAAAAAAAGGAUGCAGGAACAACAUCAGAGAUUCAAGAGGAGGGGAUUCGCCUGAAAAUACGGGGAAUUACUCAUCGAAGGAGAGCUGAGCUCCAGAGAACGGAGAGGGACUCGGGGUCCGAUACUGGUGAGACUGGGAGAUCCCUGAGGAGGUCACCCAGGAUUUGCAGGCCAACCGCUAAGGGGGUGGAGUUCCAGGACAGGAGGCUGGAGAAAAAAGAGACCACGCCCCCUGAGGAGGAAGAGGACGAGGAGGAGGAAACUGUUCAGAGGAAACCGAGAGAAAAGGUUGAUCUAGAUGGACAGUCCACAUCUAAGGGGCGACGGAGGAGAAAGACCCGGUGGUCCAACACUCGAACACGACGGCGCAAAAAGAAUGGUUCUGGUGAUGACAAUGAAAGUGAAUCAAGUGAAGAGGAGAGUGAGGAGGAUGACAGUGAUGAGAGCUUUAAGGUGGAGAAGGGCAAGAGGAGGUGGAGGAACCGGAACAGAGAAAGGCACAGCGACGACUCUGACACAUCCUCGGAUGAUGACCUCCCUCCUAACGAAGACCCCUGCAAACACUGCGGCCUCCCCAACCAUCCCGAGCUGAUCUUGCUAUGUGACUCGUGUGACAGUGGCUACCACACGGCCUGCCUCAGACCCCCUCUCAUGAUCAUCCCAGAUGGGGAGUGGUUCUGUUCACCCUGCCAACAUAAGCUACUCUGUGACAAGCUUGAGGAGCAGCUUGCUAAUCUCGAUGCUGCCCUGAAAAAGAGAGAUCGCGCUGAGCGAAGAAAAGAACGUUUGGUCUAUGUUGGAAUAAGUGUCGAAAACAUCAUCACUCCCUCUUUGGAGGUAGAGGAAGAAAAAGAGGAAGAAAAGGAGGAAGAAGUGAAGAAGGAGAAGAAAGAGAAGAAAGAGAAAAGCAAGAGCUGGGGUCGAAGGUCGACAAGGGCAAAGAAAAGCAUAAGUUACAGGUUUGAUGAAUUUGAUGAGGCUAUCGAGGAGGCAAUUGAAGAAGACAUCAGAGAAGCUGAUGGUGGAGGAGCUGGUCGGGGCAAGGACAUGGCCAACAUCACAGGCCAUAGCAGAGGGAAGGACAUGUCCACCAUCCUGGCAGCAGGAGAGGUUGGUCAGGGCAAGGAGAAUGGACGCCCGCCACGGCCCAACGCCGGCCAGCGCAGGAAGAAGCGCCGGCGUCUCAACGACCUGGACAGCGACAGCACUGUGGAGGAGGAGGAGAGCGAGGACGAGUUCCGUCUCAGUGACAGUACGGAGGAAGAGGAGUUUGUGGCGUCAGACAAGAGCGACGCAGAGAGUGAAGCGGCAGUCGACUCUAACGACGACAGUGACUUCGGCAGCACGCGACGCAGAACUGCCAGGACAAGGAGGCCGGCCAAAUGUCAAAGGAGCACUCGGCCGCGAAGGCGCCGCAGAGCGAGAGGGUACUCAGAUGAUGAAGAGGAGGAGACGAGUGAUGAAGAUGAGGACGAAAUGAUCUCAGAGGGUUCCAGCGAGUUCAGCGACAGCGACCUGGAUUGUAGCCAACGCCGAUCCCGCCGUAGUCAUACAAAGAGGCAGGUCAACUACUGCGAGUCGUCCGGCGACUCCGAUGGCUCAAAGGCCGGCACCAACCGGGACAAAGUCAAACCGCGGAGGCGCCUCGCCAGCUCCGACAGCGAAGCAAGCUCCUCCAGAGGCUCGGACGACGGCAAGAGGGAGAGGACUAGGUUGAAGAGGAGGGCUGACUCGUCUGAGGAAGAGUCCCAGCAGCGCCGCAGACGCCUCUCGCUGAAACGGAGGCGAGCCUCCGAGGAGGACGAUGACGAUUCCGAUGAAUCAUCGGAGGGAGAGCGUCCGGUCCGCAAGCGUGUGAACCGCAUCGACUCGGACGACUCUGACAAGGAGGAGGAGAAGGAAGAAACAAAGGAAGAGGAGGAAGGGGGGGUGCUGGGGAAGGGAGCCAGCCCAUUGGACUACAACCUGGUGGAACUGCACCCCCCUACCAACGGACAGAGUCCCAUCAAGGCCCUGGAGGGCCUGGCUCACAUUGGGCCCCAAAAACCUGGAGCCACAGCCGUCACCAUAGCGCCCAACGGACUGGAGUUGGCGCCACAGGACGAUGAUGAAGAUGACCUGCUGGGGGUCACAGACCUAGUGGACUUUGUCUGCAAUAGUGAUGUGUUGUAAAACAAAGUUGUAUGUUUGUUCAUUUCUGUAGUAUUGUAUUUUUUUUUAUAUUAUGUUUUUUUUCUCCACUGAAGUCGUCCACCGUUUAUUCCUGUCCUCUCCUCUUGUGUUUUUUUUGUUUGUUGUUUUUUUCAAUUCAUCCUCCUUGUCCCCUCCUCAGUGUGGCCCCAUCCAUCCAUAUGAACUGGAUGCCUUACGGGGAGAAGUUAAUUCUCUUCACUCUUCGCACCUCUCGCAGUUGGAUUGUACAGUCAUUGAGAGCACUAACUCUAAAGGUUGUUUUGUGGUACGUGAAUUAGCUUUGUCUUAUCCUCUGUACUCCGUCACCGAUGGACAUGCGGGUCAGAUACUUGACUACAAAUGAACCUACCUGUUUCUCCAGCCAACUUCCAGGGUUUCCUACUCAGGGGUAUGACCCCACCAUACAAAGAAUCCAUCUCUCAACUUCAUAGUUUUGUUCAUUAGGCCCCAAACAGAAGAAAGCAGACAGAAACUGGGAGGGACUAACUAGACUUGUCCAAUAAACACUCAUUUUUGUU